ACAGUCGAACUGGCAACCCCGACAUCGGCGAGCAGAGGCAACGCCACGUCGGCAGAGAGAGAGAGAGAGAGAGAGAGAGAGAGAAGUUGAGGAAGAGUGGAGGAGUUCGUUUGGUGCGCGUGAAGCCCUGAGAUGCUGCAGUGAGCGCGAGCUGAACAGAGAAAAGAGCAGUAAACAUGGUGAAGAACGUUCACUGUGAGGUGCAGCACGGCGUCGGAGGAGGUUUGGAGAGAGAGACGAUUCAAACUGGGACUCAGAACACCACAGAUGAGGGUAAGGAUGGUAAGGAGGGUCCGGCCCCCGGGGUCCUGUGGAGGGUCACCGGCGGACUGUACAGUGCCACCAAGGGCGUCGUCGGGGCAACGGUGGGCGGCGUGGCCUGGUUGGGCGGGAAAGGCCUGGAAAUCACCAAAUCGGCCAUGACCUCGGCACCCUCGGUGGGCGUCGGCCUGGUGAAGGGCGGAGUCUCGGCUGUGACAGGGGGUGUGUCCUCCGUGAGCUCAACCGUGGCCAGCAAAGUCACAGGGAAGAGGAAGGACAAAGCGGAGUGAGGAAGACGACAGUGACGAUGAUGAUAAAGACCAUGAAGAAGGACAGUGCGCCCCUGAGCCGUUAGCACAACAAUCUCAAUUUUCUGGAUUAUUUUUACCGUCAGGGUCGAAAAACGUUUUGUCAGUUUUCUUUCCUCUCCUCUUUUUAUCUUUACCGCCUUUUUUAUUUAACUGUUUAAAAGCCGCUGUUGCUGUAAAGGCAGUGGUGCUGGGCUAGCUGAGGCGCUAACAGCACAAAGACAGUCUAUACUGAAAGGAAUAGCUCGAGCAAGCAUGCUAAUGUUGCUAGCAACGGUUGGAAGCUAGAAGCCGCCAGCUAGCACAGUGUUAUCCACGUGAUGCUAAUGCUCCUCGGCGGCUGUUCGCGUUCCUUCAACGUUAGUAAUGUUAGAGCUGUUUUGGGUUUCUGAAUGUAUAAAUUGGGACCAUAGGUGACUUGUAACAUCACCGAAAGGCAAUAAUCAUUAAAUCUUUGUUAUUUGGAGCUGGACUGGACUCGUCUAAGUGACCAUAGAAACGCUGAAUGAUCGUUAUUUUCUCCUCUUUUUGUUUCUGCUAUGUUAUCAAGGUUUUAGAGGUUUUAGUUUCCAGCAUUUCGUCGUUCAGGGCACGUCUGUAUUAUUAAUGUUAACUCUGCUUUUCCAAAUGCAACAAGAUGAUGAAAAUUGGUAGCAAAUAUUUUGUAAACGUUUUAUAAGUACGUUUUAUUUUACUAACGCAAUCGAUUUUAUAGUUUUGUUUUGUUCCUGAAUCCAGAUUUCUACUCCUAUUUCUGAUUUCUACACAGAAAAUAGAGCACAUUUAUUUUAUAUAAGUCCUGUUUGUCCAGGCGAUCCGAAGACAUUUCUUAAUUCUCUGUUAGCUUUUGAGCUUUUGUGUGUGGACAUUUUCUAUGUAAUUUCUGCAGAACAAUGCAAAGUGCCAGGUUUGCCUCUGCACUGAGAUAUCUUUAUAUAAAAUAAAGCCAUAUGGAACUCGA